GAGACGAGGACGGCCUGGAAGAUGAAGCAGCUGCUGCUGCUGCUGCUGUGGAGCUCAGGAGUCCAUCUGGAAGACAGAAACCAUCCAGCUGAUCCUGAUGAUGAGUUCAGGCUGGUGGGAGGAAGCUCUGGCUGUUCAGGCGGAGUGGAGCUGAAACACCUCGGAGAAUGGAGACCGGUGGAGGACGAUUACUGGAACCUGAAGUCAGCUGCUUCAUUCUACUCGGUGCGGCUGCUGAAUGGAUCCAGUCGUUGUUCAGGCAGACUGCAGGUGAAGACUAACCCGUCUGACCAGACCUGGUCCUCAGUGUGUGAAGCAGACCUGGACCAGCAGGACGCAGAGGUGGUGUGUCGGGAGCUGGGCUGUGGGGCUCCUUCAGUCCUGCAGGGGGCGCUCUAUGGAGACGUGCAGUCUCCCAGGUGGAGCCCAGAGUUCCAGUGUGGAGGCCAUGAGUCUGCUCUGCUGAACUGUAGAAGCUCAGGCUCAGCUAGAAGCAGCUGCUCACCUGGUAAAGCUGCUGGACUCACCUGCUCAGUUCCAUUCAGGUUGGUGGGAGGAGCCAGUCACUGUGCAGGAAGUCUGGAGCUGAGAUAUCUUGGCAAACAGAAACCUGUGGAGAACCAUGUCACCCUGAAGACAGCAGCUCUUGUCUGUGAACAUCUGAACUGUGGCUCUCUUGUUUCUAUAAAAUCAACUUCUAUGUCAUUUCAAUCUAUGUGGAGUAUCUCCUCAGAUUGUGCUCAAUCUGUGUCUAAUCUGUGGAACUGUGUGGAAUCGUCCCGCUCCGAAUUCACCCUGAACCUCACCUGCUCAGUUCAGUAA